AUGGAAGAUCAAAAGAAAACAGAUGUAAUUAAGAACAUGCGCACAGUUCUGCCUUCUCUCAACCUAAAGGAGUCGGAAGUACCAGAGCAACCAGCACAGAAGAGCCCGUCACCACACUCAGCACAUUCCCCGCAGGAAAAACAUCCCAGAGCCACCCAGGAAGGCCACCCAAGGGCAAGCCAGGAAGGCCAUCCCAGAGGCCCAGACGGCCACAUGGGGGGAAUGCCCCCGCAGGCUCCGUACGGAUACAGGCCAAUGCCGGAAAGGCACCUCGACAGACAUCCAGACAGGCCCAUGCACAUGCCGAAUGGACGAUACAGAGUUCACCCGAGCAGUGGAUACAUGCCGUACAAUCCGUAUGGAAAGGCUCCGAUGGGGUAUCCUCCCUGCAGGCAGCCGGCACAUGCGCAGACCCGAUACUUUCCUCCCUCACGGCAGCACCCGUACAUGGGGGAAAUGCACCACGGGAGAGUUCCUAGCGAGAAGAAGCCCUCUGUAACACCGCCUCCAAGGCACGCUCCAACCGCGAUACUUAUGCCAGAGGUUGGGGGAAGCGCAAAGGUGCAAAUAAAGGACGCGAUGCGGUACUUGGACGUUGUGAAGGAAGAGUACAAAAACAACAAGGAGGUAUACAACAAAUUUCUGAAAACCAUGAAGGACUACAAAGACAGGCACAUUGACGCAAAAACUGUCAUAGAAAUUAUGCUGGCGCUUUUCAACGGAAACCAGAAGCUCAUCCAAGGAUUCAACCAGUUUCUCCCGAAGAAGUACGAGAUUCUUCCUUCGGGAGAAGUGAAGGUGCACGAGCACGCCGGACAGAGCGUGGGCAGUCCUGGGCCUGUGCCUGGCAUGGCAAUGAAGAGCAAGCCCAGCUCCUCUGCAGGAAGCCCCAUUGGCUUGCGGGAAGACGCGCGAAGAGACGACCCCAGAAGAGACCUUGAGGGCCUUGGGAUAGGGAUUAAAAAUGGGCGCAGCGAGCUGGACAGCACAAGCAGAGUGGUCAACUACCUGAACAAAGUCAGGAAGCACCUGGAGGGAAACCCGGUUGCCUGGUUUGAGUUCCUCCGAAUUGUGCAGUCGUACAAGAACAGCCGAGACCAGAAGCCUGUUUCGGAAAUACUUGCGAGCAUAAAAGUCCUCCUCAGAGACGACCCGGUGCUUAUUUCCGAGUUUAUGGUCUUUCUGCCGGGACAGGAAAGAAGAGGCCGCGCAGGCACAGCUGCAGGCAGCGCGCAGGCAUCCUCGCUUUCCAUGCUGCACGACAUCCGCACGAUCCUCACAAGAAAGGGCGUAUACAGAGAGUUUGUGCGCGCUCUGAACCUCUUCAACCAGGGCCUUAUUAGCACGAGCGCGCUGCUUCUGGUCGUUGAGCCCUUUCUGAGAGGAUCCACAAUCUGCAGCCUGUUCCGGUACUACAUUGGCCAUAGAGAGGCACACGCGCCGCCUCACAUACAGAGCAGCCUGGAAACAUACGAAAAAGUGGGCUCGUACAGAGUGCUUCCAGAGAAGUACAGACACUCAACGCACUCCGGGCAGAGCGCAGACGACGCGUCCGUGCUGAACACAGGAUAUGUUUCGUGCCCGACUUUCUCCAGCGAAAGCUCAACCUUCAUUUUCGCAAAGAAAAAUGUGCACGAGGAAACCCUUUUCCGAAUAGAGGACGAGAGGUAUGAAUGCGACCUUUUGCUGGAAAGAGUCUCCAGCCUGAUUCUGCGGCUUGUGGAGUACGAGAAUGCAGCUGCACACGAAGCCAACUGCACCAGGGAGGGCGCCCCGGUUGCGCUGAAGCCGCUCUCUCUUUCCGCCCUCGACAGAGAAGUCAUCAGCGCAGUGUACGGGUCUGCGUGCGAUGACCUUAUUUUGGGGCUUAUUGCACACCCGCUGCGCGCCAUUCCUGUUGUGCUGAAACAGAUGCGGGCCGCAGAAACUACCUGGAUCCGGGCGAGGGCUUCUUCCGCAGAGGGAUGGGCGCAGGCCACAGACAGAAACUUUAUAAAGGCUUUGGACGUGCGCGGGUUUAAGGCGCGAAGCACCGAAAGGAAAGCCCUUCUCAUACGGCAGUAUGCAAGGGACCUGGACACGGAGAAUAUACGCUUUGUCCUGACGAAGGAGCUGGUUUCAGAAGUGUUUUCAAUCAUCUGCACGGGAAUGGACUUGGACGGAUGCGACCUGGAAAGAACCCGCACGCUCAGGCGCUUUAUCUCGCAGCCCGGCGUGUUUGUGUGCUCUAACGACGCAUACUGCGCCAUUCGGGGAGUGUCUUUGAUAUGCGCAAGAGUCAGCUCGGCAGUUUCCUCGGAGCACACAAAGCCAAAGCCUAACGGAGUGGCUGCAGACUUGGGGCUUGUAAAAGACGACCCAACUAGCACAGUCUCCUCCCUGCAGGACGUGAUGAGCUUAAUUCGGGCGCACGUUUUGGGCGACCUUGAAUGCGCCGAGUUUGAGGAAACGGUCAUCAAGAGCCUGGGCGUCGCUGGGGCGCAGCUGGCCGGGAUCCUGAGCCUUUUCCAAAGCGUGAGCGCAAUGAUUGAAACAGCCGUCGAAGGAACAAGCGCAGAAACCCUGGACAGGCUCGCCAACAGAAAGACGGUCCAGAAAACAAACCUCACCGAGCUGCUGCUUCGGGGCGUGUCUUUGGUGCGCGUGGAACUGAACGAAGAAGAAAACGGCGCCCUCGCAGUGCAGGCUUCUCGCGUGGUGGCAGGAGAAAGCGGGUCUGCAGAGUGGGCUAAGCACGUCAAAGACUUCAGCAGGAGCAGUGAGGCAGGAAAUGCGCCUUUCUUGAGAAGGACACUUCGCACAGGAGGGGGCACGGCGUGCUUUGGCAUGGAGUCUUUCUUCGUGGGAGGAAAGUGCAGGCUCAAGCACAUGCCGGGGACUGAGGACUUUGUUUUGUCAAAGGAUGUUCAAAAGUAA